UCAGGAGCCGAGAAACCUUCCGCGCGCCUGGUCGGCCGUUGGAUCCCCGGCCGGCGUGCAGCAGUCAUCCGCGCACGCCGCCCGGGUGACGCCAUUGUUACUCCCUCGUGUGCUCACUGUAGCAUCACACCAUCAGCGCCCGGCCCGGGCCCGCGGCGUGCUUCCCCUAUAUAUGCGCACGUCGCCGCGCGCAGAUCGGGCAACGAUCACAUCAUCCACAGACCACAGACGCAAAGCAGCAACCCAAGAACGCGUGCAGAUCCGAUGUGCUUAGCUCCGGCGGCGGCGAUGGAGAUGGAGGAGCUCCAGGAAGCCGACGUGCUGUGGCCGGACCACGACGACGAUUGUCAAGCGAACCACUGCCGCCAUCAGCAGCUCGAGGCGGUGGGCAAGCAGCCGCAGGGCGCCGGCGGCGACGCCCCGCGCGGAGGCGACGCGCGUCGUCGUCGCGCAGGCUCGUCGGCGCCCCUGGGCAUCGUCCGCGCGGGGUCGACCGGCAGCGGCGGCCCGCCCCCGUGGGCCCGGAGCUGCUACGACAGCGAGGAGUCCGCGUCGGCGUUCGUGCCGCCCCACGUGGUGCUGGCGGCGAGGCGGCGGUGCCAGGAGGGGCGGGCGGCCUCGUCCGUGUGCGAGGGGCAGGGGCGCACGCUCAAGGGCCGCGACCUCCAGUCCGUGCGCACUGCCGUGCUCCGCAUGACCGGGUUCCUCGAGACCUGACGACGAGCUACCUACACGCCGUACGCGCAGGCGGCGGCGCGGCGUCUACCCUCCGGCGAGGAUGCCCGUACCGAACGGGUCGACGCCGCCGGAUCAUCACAUCAGUAGCUAAGCUGGCCGAGCCGAACAAUUUUGCAUUUCAAAUCGGCUAUUUGAUUUCCAAAUUUUCCAGAGAGGCGUGUUUUUCAUUUGAAACGGAGUAUUAGAUUCCCAAAAUUGUAGCGCGUGCAUGUUAUGUUUGGGAAAACAUCGAUGAUAACUUCGAGGUUAGUUUCUAGACACACACCGAUCUAGAAAGUUUGAGCGAUCGAGAGGGAGGUCGACGGAGACGUUCUUGUCGCGAUUGGACUUUCGUGGACGGGUUUGUCAGCAUCGGUCGAUCGAACGAUAGAUGCCGAUCGGCGGCGAUCGCUCACCCAAUAAGUGGCGGCCGUUCACUCUCUCGACGGCGACGGCACCGAACAGUCCGAGGAGCGUCACAUCGGGCACAAAAAAGAAAGUUGCGUUUGGAAUGGAUCCGAACCAAAAAACCAAAAACAAAAAAUGAUGUCCGUAUCUGGAAUUCCCUUGAAUACUACAAACUCCUGUAGGAUGCCGAAGCAAAAGGCCUUGCCAGUU